AUGUAUUCCGAAGAAGAUCUUAGAGCUCUUAGUGCAUACUUCGUGGAGCGCGUGGUUUUUAACGGCGAUACACUGGAGGAACUUUCGGAGAAAGCAACCAAAUGGUCGAAACGUGAGCUACUUGAGGUUAUAGCAACGCGUCAUGGAGCCGGCUUGCCGCGCGAAUGCAUGAUGCCGCAAGAAACACCUCAUCCCACUAAUGAGUUUGGUGACCUAGACAGUUUUAUAAGCCUUUAUGUAGGUUUAUGCAUUUCAGCUAACUGUCCUGUGGUAGUAGAUAAUUUAUAUUCACUAAUUCAAUCAAUAUAUCCUCGAAAAGUGUGGUAUCCAUUAUACGAAACCCCCGAAGAACUCCUGUUUCUAGGAUUAUUUUACUGGAUUAAUGAUAUGCCAAUGACUGUUAAGGAUAACUUUUUGGGUAAAGGAUGGAAAAAGGUUUUUAAUAGAACGACACUUAUAUCCAGUGUUCCCGAAUGCGCUACUUUAAUAGACUCCAUUAUGAAUUCUGAUAACCCAGUUAUAUCUUUUCGUUGUCAAGGAUUGCACUUAGGGGUUGCCGGCACUGUAACAUUACUCCAAAUCGCAACAAUGGACAGCAGGGCUUAUAUUUUUGAUGUACAGACAUGUCGAGAAAUGAUCGAGGAUGAUGGAGGCAAGAUCAGGUUGCUAUUGGAGAGCCCAAAUGUAACUAAAAUUGUUCAUAAUUGCUCUGUGGCGUCUGUCAACCUGUACCAUCAGUUUAAUAUUAUAUUAAGAAAUGUAUUUGAUGUUCAGAUAGCUCAUGCACUUCUAAUAGCUCAGGAAAAAAAUGUUCCAGUAGAACAGGUGCCAUUAGAGUCUCUCUUUGAUAUUUCUUUGAAGUAUCAUUUUUCUAGGCCGCGUCGUUUAGACCAAGACAGGCUACUUUAUAGAAGAGAUCGCAUGUUUUGGGCCAAAAGACCACUUACACGAGAAAUGAUAGUGCUGGCAGCAUCAGAUCCACUACAACUAGCGAAUCCAAUAUUCUACAAUUAUAUGUCCAACAAAAUCAAACCAGAAAACAAAGAGACAGUUACAGAGUUAACAGUUCAUCAUAUGAUUAACGGAGGCAAGAUCAGUUUUCUAUUGGAGAGGGCAUACCCUAUGUUGUCUGUCAACCUGAACAAUCAGUUUAAUAUUAUUAUGCUCUUCUCCAAUCUCCGGAAGAUAAUGUCCCAGGAGAACAGGUGCCAUUAG